AAAUAGGUUGCAAAAGUAAUGAUGAAAGAUUUAAUUGGACACAGCUAAAUUUUGAAACCGCCCACUUUCUGAUUAUUGGUCACCAAACUGUCAUUCAAAUGGUUUCCUUUUUCGUCUUCGGGGACGUCACGCUGGUUUAGUCGUCGAUCUUCUUCAACUAAAACCUGGGGUUCAGUUGCCACGUUGCGGUACACAAUGUAGGUCGCUUGGAGAUGUGCUCUUACAUUUGGUUCAUCACAGGCAACACAGGUAUUAUAUGUUCAAAAUAACACUGGUGUUUCUAAAUUAAGUUUGAGGACGACCUAGCACGCUUUACUGUUUAGUAAAGGAGAAAAAAACUAAAAAUAAGAAAAUGCUCACGGAUAUGAUCGUGGAGGAAGAGUUUGAAGUCAGGGAUGAGGAGCCGUGGUAUGACAGACAAGACCUUGAACAUGACCUCCAUUUGGCUGCAGAAUUGGGUAAGACCUUGCUGGACAGAAACCAUGAGCUGGAGCAGGGGCUGAAACAGUUGUACUCCACAAACCAGGAGCAUGUGCAGGAGAUAGAGUACCUAGCGAAGCAGGUGGACCUGCUGCGGCAGGUGAACGACCAGCAUGCCAAGGUGUACGAGCAGCUGGACUUGGCAUCCCGAGACCUGGAGCAGGGCAACACCAGGCUGGUGCAGGACAACAGGCUGGCCCAUCAGAAGAUCCACAGCCUAACAGAGACCAUUGAGGGUCUGCAGAGCCACCUGGAGGAGCUUCAGGUCCAGGUGGAGGAGUUGAGGACUGCACAGGCCGACCGCAGUAAGAGAGAGCUGGCCGAGCAGAGACGCAGCCUGGGAGCUCAGAGUGUGUCCUGCCUCAAGGAGUUGUACGACCUGCAGCACGACAGGUGCCUGGCCUACAAGAGCUUGCAUGUGGCCCACCCCUGGACAGUGCAAGAUUCCAUCUCUGACUCCGAGGAGGAGCAAGAAUCACUCCAGCACUCGGUCCAGGCCCUGCAGGCCCAGCUGUGUGCAGAGCGUGGGCGGCGGGAGAUGGCGGAGCAGGAGACGGAGCUGAUGACUCGUGAGAAUGGGGCCCUGGAGCAGCGUCUGGCCCUGCUGGAGGGCUACCGCUCCCGGCAGAGGGAGCUGGAGGAGGAGGUGGAGGAGCUCCGCCUACUGUGGAGAGCUGACUACACCACCAGCGCCAGGAGGCGUGACCGGCUCCUCCUGCCCGACACCAUCUACUUCCCCUCCGAGGAGAAGCCUGUCCUGGGUCAGGGCAAGGUGGAGGAGGGGAAAGAGGAAAUGGAUUGGGCAGCAGGGGAGCAGGAGCUGGGGAGGCGCACCUUGCAGCGCUGUAGCAGCGAGAGUGUGCUGAAGGGGACCAACGCUGAGGGGAUCCAGCGCUGCCAUGAGCGCAUGUGCAUCCGGCGGGCGGAGGCAGUGAAGCAGAGGGGCAUCUCUUUGCUCAACGAGGUGGACGCUCAGUACAGCGCCCUGCAGGUGAAGUAUGAGGAGCUUCUGCGACGCUGCCAGCAGGGGGCAGAUGGUCUCAGCCACAAGGACGUCCAGACACCCAGCAGCCCUCAGGUUGGACUCCGUCCUCGGCGACGCCUCUCCAGUUCAGCUGCUCUGAUCUCCGAGCUCCCCGUUGUCCUGGAGGACGGCCAUCAGCUUCAGCAGCCCGAGUACAAAGCUCUCUUCCAGGAGAUCUUCAGCCGCAUUCACAAGACCAAGGAGGACCUGAGUGAAAACCAGAGCUCUUGUCCAGACCAUUGACUCUGGUUACAGACAACCAUAUUGUGUUAGUGCCCUGUGUCUGUGACUGAUGAUCAGAUGCUUGGUCAUAGGAGGACUCAGAGGACCUAAAGAAGUUAGGAUUACACGCAUGCACAUGUACAUGAAUGCACAUAAACACCUGUGCCUCUUUCACAACAUGCAACCUCAACUCAUACUGAAUUUCCUUCCCUACUUUUGUGAUUCCGUUCUUGAGAAGCUCCUUCCAGUUAUAGUCCUAUCUCAAUGCUUUGUGUGACAUCAGCCUUCUUAACAUGGUAGCAGAAGGCGUCGAUGGGAGCCCUGGUUGAUACCCAUUGUACUGGUGUCAGAGUUGAGGCUCGGUGGAGGAUAGUAAACCUCAAAACAACCUGAAUAUUGUGUAAGUCAAGGUUUCUGCAAUGACGCAUUGCAGUUACACAAUGCACAUACAGUACAACUCUGAGGUACUUUGUGUAAUACUACACCACCUGUAUACAGAUUUUUCAUUGUGUUCUAGCUAUCCUCAAGUAUUAUGUACUCGAUCCUACAAGCGUAUUCAAUCCAAUCCGCUUAGUGUUGAAUUUGUGGCGACUUAAUAGCUAGACGCUUGCUUUUGGGAGAAAAAAACAUACAUUUCCUGCAUUCCCUAGAUGGUAGAUUUAGUCUCGGUCUGUUAUGCAAGCUGAAGUAAUGGAACUGACUGAAUAAAAUCUUUUCAGGACUUUAAGAUUGCAAGGACUCUACAAGGUAGUUGUAGCACCAGUGUUUGCAAUGUUUGUGCUUGUAAGUAAGUAAGAAGCUACCAGACUACCAGACAUCAGAAGUGUACUCUGGAGAAGGGUCCAGUGACAGCAUGUCUUCUCAGCUUCAGUCAUCCUGUCUAUGACUAGCCCAUAGAAGCUGCCCUUUAUGUGCAUGCCAAUAAGUAAUAUUGCUGCUAUGCACUUUUGUGUAUCAUGAAAUAUACACAAAAUGACAUAAGUACAUUUUGGGUUUUUGAAAACAUGUCUGUCUUUAGAGAUGAUGAAAUGUUAUUUAUUUUCAUAAUGCUAAUAUUUUGUCUUCAGUCACUGUAUUACAGAUAUAUAAUAUUAUGAAAUAGCCUAUAUAAUGAUAUAUAUAUAUUUUUAUUUUGCUAGCAAACUGAUUAUUUCAGGAACCUUAACAGGAACUGAUAUUCAAUAAAAAUUGAACAAAUUAAAUUGAUUCUUCUAAAUCAGCUAAUAUAACUACUUUAGCAUAGACGUUGAGACGGAUGGACGAGAGAAGCAUGUGGGAAGGAUGCUGAUGCACUUUUACGACUCAGUCUAUGAAUAGCUCAGAUGUAUUAGCUUUCACUGACUAUACUGCCCUGUGGACCACAACAAA